GAACUCUGUGACAAGUACCCCUCAACUCCCUGUGGUCAGGGCAUGUGUUUGCAGGGAUGGUUUGGAAUGUACUGUCAGAAACAAAAUAUUGCUCUCCGAAGAUCGAGUAGCCAGAGUAGUACACUAAAUGGCAACUAUGGAGCAGGACUGGGUGUUGACGGCAGAGCCACAACAGAUGCAGGGAGCCAGCCAUUGACAUGUGCUCAUACAAUGCGUGAGACAAAUCCCACCUGGACUGUGAACCUGAAUACACCAGUUACAGAGAAGAUACAACACAUCAGACUUUAUCUUCGCAACGACCUUCAGGAGAGAAACAACGGCAUGGAGAUACUUGUGGGCAAACAGAUGUGCUACAACUGGUCGUCUUCUGAACAUCCCCCUCCUAUAGCUAACGUCACCUGCCGCCAGCCACUGACAGGAACCACGGUGACCAUACGGAUACCUGGUCCACUGAAAUUCCUUACUUUGUGUGAAGUGCAGAUAUUUGUUUGCAGUGAUGGAUGGUUUUCUGAAGAUUGUGACAAAGAGUGCAGUUGCCGUAGCAGUGCUGAUGUAUGUGACAAGAUCACUGGUCGCUGUUCUAGGAGAUGUCUCCCAGGAUAUUAUGGAACCAACUGCCAAACAGCAUGUCCAGAUGGUUACUAUGGUCUGGCCUGUGGCUUCCAGUGUGGCAACUGUGUGGAUGGUGACGUUUGCAUCAAGACAAAUGGAACAUGUCCUGGAGGAUGUGUAGCAGGGUGGAUUUACGGCAGGUGUAGUCAGCGUAAGUCAAUUGCAAUGAUAACAUCAGCAGCAAGAUCAUGA